GCCAAAGAAAAACGAAAAGAAGAAGCAGCUAGCUAGCACAACACAGUUUAGCCAGCUGCACACAGUUACCUGUGACAUUAAUGUUACCUCGGCCAGGGAAGUUAGGCUGAUUUACUGUUCAUUCUGCCCUUGUUAUUUCUUCCAACAAAGAGCCUUCAAUCACGGCGACACACUCGCACUAUGUUUGAGGAUCCUGAAUUUCAAGAUUCUUUGUCACUGGGGCUUAAUGAUAAUUAUGGUGACCAGAACUCACCAUUUCAUGAUUCAAGAAAAGCACCAGUGAGUCCUGACUAUAACUGUGAGACGCCAGAGAUAAGAGUAAUCAUCAAAGAGGAGGAGGAAGGCUGGACUGUCAGUGAGAUCAGUGAGAGUUUUAGUUGUCGCACAGACAGAGAAAAAAGGAUGUCAGAUUCUGGAGCUGCAGAGGACACGACCGCAGACAUUUGUCUACACCACUGCCCCGAGUGUGGGAAGGAGAACUCCAUCUCGUGUGGAGCAAAGAGGCAACAGAGAUCACACACUGUGGAGACGACCUGUGAAUGCUCAGAGUGUGGGAAGUGCUACCACCAUGCUGACAGCCUCAAGUCCAAUCAGUGUAAAUGCCCAGGGGAGACUGGCAGCCCCAGAGAGAAGCAGUUUAGUCACACUCUCAGUGGUCAGACACACACGCUCUCACAUUCUGCUGAGAAACCUUACCUCUGCUGUGCCUGUGGGAAGAGCUUUUCCCAGUUGGGGGACAUGACUGUGCAUCAGUGCAAGAACACGGGAGAGAAACCCUCCUCUCUCAGCCACAGUGACAACACGAAUGCCCACGAGAGACCACAAGCAGCGGAGCAGCACCAGUGCACUGGACAUGAAGAGGGCUUCCCUGACCUGCCGUCCCUAGCGUGUCCUGCACUGGACCAAGACCACAACGGGGAGCGAAGCACAUCUCUCCAAGGAGAAAUCGAACAAUGUCACAAGUCUCAGACCAGAAAAGCAGCACCUGGCCAACAAGAUGCUGGUGAACCCAAACCACUCAUGCCACAUGGCCGCAAGACGGCAUCUGCAAACUUGAAGGACCAAGCGCUCCAUCUGACUGUCAGGCUGCAGCAAGGAGAACGGGAAGACCACGAACAGGAGGAAGACAUUGGCAGUUUAAUCAACUCUGAUGGGGAAACGGUCGACUGGGAUGCCAGAGGCAGUCUUGACUGUAGCUCUGAUAACACAGGAGGGCCCCACACAACAUAUACUUGUAACAAGGGUGGUGGUGUCCCAUCAGAGCCUCAGGUGCAAGGCCAAAAUCGGAGGGAGAGCAGCAGUCCAACACUCGUGAUGGAAGUAGUGACUGAGGGGGAAGAUGAAGAAAGAGAAGGAGGAGAGGAAAAAAAGAGAGUACUAAAGAUGGCUACUGUUUCUCCCCCUUAUCAGGGGAAGAGACGCGGUAGAAAGAAGAAGGUUCCCGAGGUAACAGUUGUAUUAGUGGACCUACCGGAGGGAGAGAAGGAAGCUCCUGCUAAACCCGGCAAGAAAAGGGGCAGAAAGAAGAUUUCAGACACUCCAGUAACGUCUUGUGGAUACUCAGAGGGAGAGCCUGCCAGUGAAAGUGCUCCCCUUGAGCCUAUGAAAAGGCGUACCCGAAAAAAGAGAGUUUUUCCUGCCACAGUGUCAUCAGAAGAAUUAAACUUGAAAACUCUUCGGCUCUCUUCAGCAAAGCAACGUUACAAAAAAAGGAAAGUUACCAAUCCAUCUGCCAAAGGAGAAGGAGAAACCACGGCUGUUCCUGUAAAAAGGCGGUACAGGAAAAGGAAAGCUACUCUUCUUUCUGGUGAAGGACAAAAAGACAGUAACGGAGCUUCUUCCAUGUCUGCCAAGAGGCGCCCUGGCAGAAAGAUGGUUCGCGUACCAAUAGAAAUACCUCCUGAGCUCCUGAAGAAGCCCAAAGAGAAGAUCGAUUACCGUUGUUCAGUGUGUGGCAAAGAAUUUCCUCACGCGUAUAAACUCGAAAGGCAUGAACUUACCCACACAGGAGAGAAACCUUACUGCUGUUCCAUCUGUGGCAGGGGUUUCAACCAGAAGGGCAACCUCAAAACACACUACAAAGUUCACACAGGACGCAAGGGCGUUGAGGAUUGGUCUAGUGAGGGGAAUCCUGUGGCAUCAGAGCUGCCAGAAUACUUUGAUACACCGCCAGUGGAAUCCAGGACGGGGUCAUCCCUUCGCUGCCUGGAAUGUGGGAAGGACUGCGAAAGUCUCUCAGCUUUACAAGCACACCAUAUUACAACACACACACACACAGCUGCCGACACCAACACGGCCGCACACUCUGCAUCCCAGCUCCAGUUCUGCCGAAGGUGCGGCAUUCAGUUCAGUGACAAAGAACAAUUGGAAGAGCAUAUGAAAAUCCAUGUGAAGGAGAAACCCUACUCCUGCCCUGACUGUGGCAAGAGGUUCAUCAACGAAAGUUACAUACAAGUUCACCAGCGUAUCCACACUGGGGAGAAACCUUACCUCUGCUCCCAGUGCGGCAAAGGGUAUCACACGGCUUCUUCUCUCAAACUGCAUGAGAUGCAGCACUCUGGUGACAGGCCAUUUGCUUGCUCCCUCUGUGGAAAGAGGUUUCGAAUAAACUCCUACCUAACGGCUCAUUAUCAGACCCACAUUAAGGACAGACCUUUCCUGUGCAGCGUCUGUGGGAAGGGCUACGCCAGAGCCGAGGAGCUGAAGGUGCACCACAGGCUCCACACUGGAGAGAGACCCUACGAGUGUGGCGAGUGUGGGAAGAGCUUCAUUUAUCGCCAAGGUCUGAGGCAGCAUCAGCGCACACAUGCUGGUCGACGCAUGGGACCCACCAGACAGCUUGGCAGACCCAAACAGCAGCCCAGGCUGGAAAACUAACAAUUAAACAGUCCUGCAGUGUGUUGUGUAAAUGGUUUUGAUAAUAAGAGUUCAAAAGACUGUUUCUCUGCUCUCUCUUCUUUCCAGCCAGUAUCUGCCCCUGUAUCUGAUGUCUCCCACCUAUUACAGAGACAGUAUCCAUGUUUGAAGAUUUCCAGUGCAGUGUUGAUGAACUUUUACUAAGGGUGGAUCAGAUGAUUAUUACCCAUUUCACCGUGUAUCUUGUUUAUAUAUUCACUCCUCUCUAGAAGCCCAUGUGUCCGAUUUGAGUGCCUUUGUUACAUGCAUGCCAAAUACUAAUAUCCAAUUACUACUUAUGCACAGUAUCCUUGUUAUUUUUCAAUCCAUAUUGAUGUAAUAGAGUAAAUUUACAGAAACCU